AUGACCUCCCAGCAUAAGUCGAAGGAGGCCCCCGGGGAAUAUGGCCGACGUGACUACCUGUCAGCUUCCGAGUUGGAUUUCGAAAGUAUCGCGGGUUACCUUAAGCUCUCGGAUGAUGUUGAGAAAUCAGACGAGGCCAACAAGCCCGACUUCCCGGUUAGCACCGACCUCCCGGUCAACGACAAUCAAUUUACGUUUGCUCCAGGCCAACUUAGCAAGCUUUUCGACUCCAAAAGCCUAUCCGACUUGUACAAGUUGGGUGGUCUCGCGGUUUCCGGAGGCCCCAUUCUCUGGAUGUUCCUGAAACGCAACCCUACAUCUGGGGCGCUCCAGAACGGGGAUGAGGGUGCUGGUGCUUGGAUCGAUGAUGCAACUUUGGUUGGUGUCGUGGCUGUUGUCGCUGGUAUCUUGAAUGCAGAGCGUAGUCUCUUCGUGAGGGAUGACUUGGAGGGGGGCAACCACCCCGUCCUCCCUGAAUUGGAGUCCGGCGGUUGGGACGGUGCCGGCAUCAACAGGAGCGGCGUUGGCCAUCAGCCAGGAGUAGAUGGGGGUGCCGAGAUUACGUCCAUAAACUGA